GGAGAGAGUCGAAAGUCACAUUUCAUUUUGUAUGUCGUAAAUAACCAAGUUUAACAAAAUUUAACAAAAAAAUAUUGCGUCGAAAAUGCUUAGACUGCGGCAAAUGCGACGCAGCCAACGGCAACGGGUUUAUGGGGGGCUCGAGGAGGAGCGAAUGUGCUGGAUCUGCCUGGAAAGCGACGAGGAGCCGCCGCAGCGCUCGGACUGGCUGCAUCCGUGCCGCUGCCGCGGCAGCAACAAGUGGGUGCACCGCAGCUGCCUGAAUCGCUGGAUCGAUGAGACACAGCUGCUACAUCCGAAUCGGCCGAUCGCGUGCUCCCAGUGCCUCACAGAGUACCUCAUCGUGGACACGCCGCUCUGCCGAUUCGAUGCGCUCCUGCUUCGGAUCGAAGACGUAUACGGGAUACUGUGUCCCAGCGUGGCGGUGGGCACACUUUCGGCCACCCUCUACUUCUCGGCCAUGACCUUUGGGGCCCUGACAGUGAUACAGGUCAUUGGCUGCCGCAAGAGCCUGGCGCUACUGAACGAGGAGACCACGCUCCUGAUGAUCGCCCUGCCGAUGAUUCCUGCGGGGCUUCUGCUGCUUCGCAAUCUCAAAUUGGACGAAUACUUGUUGCGCCUCGUACGCAUCUUCCGCAGACGUCGCGUGUCGCCAGAGAAUCUGGAUGAGGGCGGCGAGCUGCUGCCUGGGGCCCCGCUCGACGACAGCUACUUCGAUGAUCUGCCCCUAGAUCGUCCGGCCUUGGGUUUAGACUUUCAGGACCCCGACUUGGCCGUCUUUGACCACGAGACACUCCGCAGACCCUCUGCCAGCUUCAUCGUGGCCCUCAGUCUGCCCACUGUUUCCGUGUUCCUGGGAAACACCUUGUACGCCAAGGUGGACGAUAGACUCCUGGGCAUCUUCCUCGGCGCCAUAACCUUUUUGGGCAUCAAGGGAAUGGCCUCAGCCUAUAUUCGGCAUUCUCACGAGCAACGUAUGCGGGGUCGCUACGUGAUGGAUUAUAAUAGUGAGCGGCACUGAUCGAAAUCGAGAGUGUUCCAUCAUAAGUGUGCAGAAACACAUCGGCAACAGUUUAGACCGUUAUGGUAACACAAAAAUCAAUUUGUUAUAUUUAUUAGGAAAACCGAACUAACUAUUAUUGUCGAGCCUUUUUGGAACCCUGUUUUAGCUAUAAGUUGUUGACAAUUAAAGCCCCCGGAAUGAGAGUAUUCCGCACAGGUCCUCUAAGGACGAAAGGU